GACGCCCGGAGCGGCCGCUGAGGCCAGUAGCUGCCGCGCCACCGCCGGCCCCUUCACCGGCCGCCCGGUUCAGACCUAGCCGGCAGGGGUGAGAGGGAUGCAGCUAGGGGCCCAGCUCCGGUGCCGCACCCCGUGAAGGGCUGACCCUCCACCUCGCCACGUCACCCACGGGGAGCCAGACUAAACCAGCUUAGACCUCUUCUGGGUAAAGUGCUGGCAGGGAAGGGCGAGAAGGGGGGGGAGAGAAGCCGGGCAGCCCGCCCUUCGUGGGCCUCCAGAGACAUGUUCCUGGCCCGAACACCCGCAAGGGAUUGGUGUCAACGGAUCAUCCGUCCUCGUGCGUGAGCCGGCUGGUAGAAACUCGGGAGCAUGGGGGAGAAGACCUGCGUGAAGCCAUUCCGGACUCUGAAUGGGAGGCUAAUGAAUGAAUUGUUCAUAGUCGUCGCACUUGGGGGCGGGGGGAGGUACUAGCCCCCCAAAGGCCAAGGCGGUGCUUUUAACACAGUGCCAGUUCACCUUUCCUUUCCUGUGGAGGGAGGAUUUGCGAGUGCUUGUAAAACCGAACACAACAAAAGUAUGGAUAUGGGAAACCAACAUCCUUCUAUCAGUAGGCUUCAGGAAAUCCAAAAGGAAGUAAAAAGUAUAGAACAGCAAGUAAUUGGCUUCAGUGGUCUGUCAGAUGACAAGAAUUACAAGAAACUGGAGAGGUUUCUAACAAAACAACUCUUUGAAAUAGACUCUGUAGAUACUGAAGGAAAAGGAGAUAUUCAGCAAGCGAGGAAGAGGGCGGCACAAGAGACAGAGCGUCUUCUCAAAGAGUUGGAGCAGAAUGCAAACCACCCACACCGGAUCGAAAUACAGAACAUCUUUAAAGAAGCCCAGUCCCUGGUGAAAGAGAAGAUUGUGCCAUUUUAUAGUGGGGGCAACUGUGUAACUGAUGAAUUUGAAGAAGGCAUCCAGGAUAUCAUCCUGAGGCUGACACAUGUCAAAACCGGAGGGAAGAUCUCCUUGCGGAAAGCAAGGUAUCACACUUUAACCAAAAUCUGUGCGGUGCAAGAGAUCAUUGAAGACUGCGUGAAAAAGCAGCCUUCUCUGCCACUCUCCGAGGAUGUGCAUCCUUCAGUUGCCAAAAUCAACUCGGUGAUGUGUGAGGUGAACAAGGCCAGGGGCACUCUGAUUGCACUUCUGAUGGGAGUGAAUAGUAAUGAGACUUGCAGGCACUUAUCCUGUGUGCUCUCGGGCCUGAUUGCGGAUCUGGAUGCUCUGGAUGUGUGCGGGCGUACGGAAAUCAGAAAUUACCGGCGGGAGGUUGUGGAAGAUAUCAACAAAUUAUUGAAAUAUUUGGAUUUGGAAGAGGAAGCAGAUACUACUUAUGCAUUUGACCUGGGACAGAAUCAUUCCAUUUUAAAGAUAGAAAAGGUCCUCAAGAGAAUGAGAGAAAUAAAAAAUGAACUUCUUCAAGCACAAAACCCUCCUGAAUUAUACCUGAGCUCCAAAACAGAAUUGCAGGGUCUGAUUGGACAGUUGGAUGAGAUCAGUCUCGAGAAGAACCCUUGCAUCCGGGAAGCUCGGAGAAGAGCGGUGAUUGAGGUGCAAACCCUGAUAACCUACAUUGACUUGAAGGAGGCCCUGGAGAAGAGGAAGGCGUUUGCUUGUGAGGAGCACCCGUCCCAUAAAGCGGUCUGGAACAUCCUUGGAAACUUGGCCGAGAUCCAGGGCGAAGUUCUUUCAUUUGAUGGGAACCGAACUGAUAAGAACUACAUCAGGCUGGAAGAGCUGCUCACCAAGCAGCUGCUGGCCCUGGACGCCGUCGACCCACAAGGAGAAGAGAAGUGUAAGGCUGCCAGGAAACAGGCGGUGAAGCUCGCCCAGAACAUCCUCAGCUAUCUCGACUUGAAAUCCGACGAAUGGGAGUACUAAACACUACCCAUCUCACGGUUGAUACUUCUUGUUUUGCACUUUAUACAUACUUCUAUGUAUUUAUAGAGAGCUUUCAGUUCGUUGAGCCUAAAUGUGAUUUAUACAUGCAGAUUUCAAUCUCCAUUUUUAUGAUUUAAGCAAAUUAUAUUCAGUAUCUCUGCUGCUUUUGAUGUUGCCAAACAAAUGUCAUUAUAGCACGUUAAUUUUUCCAUUUGGAUCAUUAUCUGUAUGUUGUGUGGUUUUGGGGGGUUUUUUUAAUCAGAAAGUGGAAUGGGCAGCUUUUGUCAUUUUUAAGUGGGUUGUGGAAGCAUUGAAAUGCAGAUCUUUCAGGAUCUACAUAUAGACAUAACCUGAUAGAGCACUAGAACAAUUAUGAGAAAGGGGGAAAUUUUUGGUUAGGUAGAAGUAAGGUCCAAACACAAAAGCAAACAAUGAUAUGUUCUAUUACGCUACAUAAAGCAGAAGGGUUUGGGUUUUUUUUCUCUGUUUCUAAGGCCUGAUUGGUCCAACCCAAGUUAAUAGGGUGGGGGUUUUUUUGUUUUCAGAUUUUCUGUUUUUUCAUAAGCAUUUUUUGUUCGGAAAAUGGUGUCUGUGUUUUCCCCCAUACUCUUCAUUUAGAGGAGAAAAUCUUACGUGCAACAGAAAAUUAUGAAAAUUAAUAGCAAAAAAACCUUUGAGAUUGCCCUGAAGAAGGGAAAAAACACCAACUAAUUACCUUCAGGUUUUGUUGUAAACUCUGAAUUUACAAGUUUCUUCCGUAGUCAUCAGUAAGGAUGGGAACAUUUAAGUGAAGUUAGGAGAUCUUUUAAAAAAAGAAAAAAAGGAAACACCCAUCCCUGUGGCAAGAUCAUGAAAGCUGGAGAUCAGUUACCGAUGUCAGGUUGUGCUAAACCUAAGCAGACUUGUCUGUAGCAUGUCCCGGGCUGCUUCUAUUCAAGGCUGCAUCACGGACAAGCUCCUUACACACACCCAGUGCUGUUUUAUAGCGGCGGUGAGCAGAAUCCACCAGUGGCUCUGCAGGACCAGACCUUGCUAGCUUGUCCGAGGAGGUGAGCUCCUCCUAGCGUCUGAACACCUCGCACCCUGGGACUGAGCAGUGAAAGCAGCUCUAAGCAUCUGCCGGGCUCCAUAGCUCACGUCCCCGGCACGUGGAGGUGUCUCUAGGGCCAGAAAGAGCCAGUAAGCUCUGUCUGUGUGUGGUGUUUUUCCUUCUGCUGAAGGGUAUACAGAUUUCUGUAUGUGCUCUCUGAGGGUCCAGUUCUAUGGCUGCCAGUUGAUGGGUCAAAAGAAUUUCCCAAAGUUCUGAAGUGCCUUGAUAACGUGUUGGUCCCAGCAUGAUGACGAACAGACUGUUGUCACCUUUCACACAAUAACCCUUCUAGAGUACGGCUUUGGACUCUGGUAGUCUGUAAUGUUCUUUCAGAGAUAAUGAUUUGGUAACUAUGUAGGCAGCUAAAAAUAAGAGAUAAGGGAAUAGCCCUAAAUACCGAAAAGAUGAUAAAAGUGUGGCCCUCAAGAGACUUUUCCGCCUUGUCUCAGCAUUGCCCAAGUCAAAAGGCAUUUGCGUCUUUGGGCCUUGAGCCCCUCCCGUGUGCGCAUCCAGCCCCUGGUGCCUGCAGGUCCCUGGGAGCUCAUUUUGGCCGAAGUCCUUUUAGGACUGCUAUUCUGUAUCAUCAUUUUCGGGUGCUCUUAAAAGGAGUUUCUAAACUCAAGUGCUGCCUCAGUUUACUCCCCUGGGAAAUCAGGGCUUCCUCUCAAGCACUUGAGGCAUGUCCUGCCCCAGGCUCUACGUCACUUUCAAUGUCAGAUUUGAAGGUUGAAUGUCAGCAUUUCCUUUCAAAGUAUCCAUUGUUCUUCCAAAAGGGAACUGCCUGUGCUCUUCAUUUCAAACAAGGUGUUCUGUAGCCUUUCCAGUGCCGCUCAGCUCUGCCUUACAGCGCUGCCUGUAAGUGGAGGGAAGUCUCGAGCGCCAUUGCGGAUUUCUCGCGGGGGCUCUUUUGGUCAUCGAGAUGAUCAGACCAUCCUCAAGUGACUUGAGGCGUGGCGUCUCCUGUCCAACCCGUUCUAGCUCCUUGCACCUGAUGACUUUCCCAUAAGGAACCCUAGUGACACGGGAUUUGGCUUUUCUUGUCCCCAGCUGGGAGCUGUCUGUGUUCAUAGGGGCUGCCUCAUGUAACUUUAAAUUGGGCUCAUGACACUGUAUUGUAUUUUUAUGAUCUUACAUGAAGAGAACCUGUAAUGGAAGUAAAACCUACCCCCAAAAAAAUGUUUGGCCUUGGGUCUGCAUUAAACGGUAUAAUCCAUGUUCAUGCAAAAACUGGCUGGGAAUGUUUGCUUUCUUUACCUCACAUGCAGACAGCUUUGCUUUCAGGUCAGCCUUUACCCAAAUUAGACUAAAGUCAGUCGACCUCUAAUGAAGUAGUUAUGAAAAUAAAUGUAAUGAAUAAGUCUCCUAAGUACAGUGGGAUGCUUUAUUUUGCUACAAUGCCUUGGUAUAGUGUAUGUGAUACAAGUUAGUAGUAUGUGCGAGAUGCUUCACCAGUGUGGCUCAUUUGUUUUACUUUGCCAAUUUUUAUCUGGUUUUUGAAGGUCUAAGCCUAUCCUGUACGUACAGAUUAUUUUUAAGCAAAGCUUUUCAGCUUCUAAUGUGUCUAGUAUUUUUCUAAGAAUAAGUGGAGAAAUAUUUGCCAUUGAUUUUGAUGUACAAUACAGAUGUGUUCCUCCAGUGUGUUGGUUCUAUCCCUACUCUAUUCAUUGUAUGACUAUUGUAAUCGUAUGUCUGAAAUAAUCAGUAUUUUGAGAUAUUAGUAUACCCUUAAUUAUUAAUGCAAUAAAAAUCUCUUAGCUUAUCUUUGCAGUGGAGAAAGG